ACAGAGGAAACAAUGAGCUCAACACAGAAGGACCAACAUGGAGCGAGAAGUCAGCGCUCUCAGGAGGCCGACAAACCUCACAGAAGAAAGGGGGAAAAGAAAUACACCUGUGAUGAGUGUGGGAAAGAUUUUACUAGGAAGAAUUCACUAAAAACCCACCAACUCAUCCACACUGGAGAGAGACCGUUCAGCUGUGACAACUGUGGAAAGUCUUUUACCCAGUCUGGAAGCUUAAAAGCACACCAGCUCAUCCAUAGUGGAGUUAAAGCGUACAGCUGUGAUCAAUGUGGGAAGUGUUUUUCCUGUAAGGGUUCCCUAAAAAAGCACAAAUUCAUCCAUAGUGGAGUCAAAGCGUACAGCUGUGAUCAAUGUAGGAAGUGUUUUUCCUGGAAGGGUUCCCUAAAAAAGCACAAAUUCAUCCAUAGUGGAGUUAAAGCGUACAGCUGUGACGAGUGUGGGAAGGAUUUUCUUAGGAAGGCUUCACUACAAAUCCAUCAGGUCAUCCACACUGGAGAGAGACCGUUCAGCUGUGACGAGUGUGGACAGUCUUUUUCUCGGAAGGGUAAUCUAAAAAAACACCAACUCAUCCACAGUGGAGUUAAAGCGUACAGCUGUGAUCAGUGUGGCAGAGCUUUUACUCAGCGUAGCAACUUACAGAGGCAUCUAGUUACCCACUCUGGAAUUAAGGCAUACAGCUGUGACAUUUGUGGAAAAUCUUUCAGCCAGAUAGACAGCCGAAAUACACACCUACGCAUUCACACCAGACAUGAUGUGUACAGCUGUGGUCAGUGUGGCAAAGAGUUUGCUAGAGACGCAGAUCUACAACGUCACAUGUUUACCCACACUGAGGAACGACCUUAUAAAUGUGACCUGUGUGAGAAGACUUUUAAAUCUCCACAUGACCUGAGACGACACCAACAGAUCCACACCAGAAAGAGACUCUACAAGUGCAGUUACUGUGAGAAGCAGAGCGACACAGAUGGAUCCAGUUCUCAACCCUGUCAUCACUGUGGUGGUGGGAAAGACUUUCGUUGUGACCUUUGUGGAAAAACUUUCAGUCAUCCAAAGACCCUAAAACUACAUCAACGUAGACACACUGGAGACAAAAUGAACUACUGCAAAGAAUGUGGGAAAGGCUUCACCACAAAACGUGACUUAAAACGACAUGAACUCUUUCACAAUGGGGUCAAAAAGCAUCUCUGUGAUCAGUGUGGGUCAUCCUUCACCACUGCAGGUCAGCUUAAAAGACAUAAACGUGUCCACACAGGAGAGAAACCUUACAAGUGCAGACACUGUGACAAAAGUUUCUCAUGUUCAGGUAGUCGUAACUAUCAUGAACUUACACACAUGGAAGGAAACUACAGCUGUGACCAGUGUGACAAGAGCUUCAGGAAUUUCAGUUCAUACUCCAAACACAAACGAUCCCAUGUUACUAAUAAACUCUUUCACUGUUACCAAUGUGUCAAAAUAUUCACCUCAUUGUUUGAGACGGACAGACUCCCACGCCUCACCCUCCCCUCCCCAGAGACACUGCUUCAGACACUGACCCCCAACACACCUUCCAUCUCUCCCCCCAUCCCUCCCCACUCAACAACCACCAUCACCCUCUCCAAUCCAGACUCAAGGACCUCCAUCACACCUCUCACCCCCUUUCCUCCUCCCUGA